UAUUAAAAAAAAAACAUUAUCUGUCUACAACUUGCGGGAAAGAACAAAAUACUUUAAAAGUAUGUCAUUAGUAUAUUUACUUAUUUUAAUCAUUUUAAAACAAAGUGUUCAAGCGUUAACAACAAAACAACAAGAUAAUUCGGUGAUUUUUUAUUUAAAUAAUCUUGAUUUAACAUGAAAUUCUCAUUACGAAUAUUAAUUAUCUCAUUUUGCUGGCAUUAUACUGUUGAAUCCAGAUUUGUAUUUCCAACUGUUGAUGAGUUUCCAACGGAUUGCAAACUGCCUGAUGGCUCUAAUGGAACUUGUCGGAAUUUACAAUACUGUCCAGCUGCCAUAACGGCAAAAAAAGUAAAUGUAUGUUAUUUUGAUGGCGAUAAUGAGUAUGUGUGUUGUAAGGAGAAUGUUUGGGAUGAUGUUCAAAUGAGACCUUUUACUAUGAAUUGUGGAGCUCGACCACCUCGCGUAGAAAUAAUACAAGAUAUACAGACGGAAUAUAAAGAAUUUUCUUAUAUGGUGGCUUUGGGAUGGAAAUCUAUGGCUUAUCCUGGCACAUAUGACUACAAAUGUGGUGGAGUUUUAAUAUCAAAUAUAUAUGUUCUAACAGCCGCUCAUUGUGCUUUGCUAAAUGGGCUUCCACCUGCCGUGGCUUUAGUUGGUGGUACAAACCUUACUGAUCCGAACAAUAUACCCAUACCAAUUUCAAAUGUAACAAUACAUCGUGGAUAUAAAACAAAUCAGUCAUAUCAUGAUAUUGCACUGAUAAGACUAAGUAUGGAUUCUUACGAGACACCGAUUUGCAUUUGGGGUUCAUACUCUUUGGAUGAAGUAAAUGUAACUGCAAUUGGUUAUGGACAUACACAAUUUGCUGGAGCGGGUUCGGAAAGUUUACUUAAAGCAUAUUUAACGAUCCUAUCAAACAAAGAAUGUUCUAAACAUUAUACUGGAAUUACGUCUUUAUCACAUGGAGUUGUGGAAACGCAAAUUUGUGCUAAAGAUCCGGAUAGUAUAAGAGAUACUUGUCAGGGUGAUUCGGGAGGUCCUCUUAUUUUGUUCUCUACUGACAAGUACGGCGUUUCCAGAAAUUUUGUGGUUGGUAUAACUUCGUUUGGUAGAGCCUGUGCUUUAGAACCACCUGGAGUAUAUACUAGGGUGUCUGAGUAUGUAGACUGGAUAGAAGAUAUAGUGUUUAAAUAAAAACAUGUUGAUUUCUGUUUAAAUUUAAAUUAUAUGUAGAUGAUAAAUAUUUUUUGUACUUUAAUAUUAAAAACAUAUAUAAGAUUAUAAUUAAGUUAUUUAAAGGAAUCUUUCCAAACAAUGUGCUCAAUCCAAUCCAAGUAAGAAUAUACUCUUGUAAAUAUACUAGGAUAACCACUACGACAGUAUAAACCAUAUGACGUUAUGCCAAUUAGUUGGUAGUGUAAACGAUUAGUUCGUCUUCGUCCUCUGAUAUUUAAUUGCAAAGGACCACCCGAAUCUCCUUGGCAGGUGUCACGAUUCAAUGCAUAGUCUCGAGCGCAUAUUUGACUAGAUAUAAUGCCUCUAUUAGUUUCUGGCAUCUUUGGCAUUUCCCUAUUGCAGUCGGCAUUUGAAACAAUUGUCAUAUUUAAAUCUGUAAGACGAUUUGUUCGCUGUCGGGCAAAAUCUGUGGCACCGUAACCCAUGGCAUGUGCUGUAGUAAAUGGAAUUGUUGGCUGUGUCCAUAACCGAAUGGGGCGAACAAAUUCUGUAAGUCUGUAAACAAAUAAUUUUUAGCAGUUAAUUCGAGUUUGUUUCUUUUUUAAUAUACUUGUUUUAUACUUACUCUACUUCUUCAGUUAAUUCCAAAAGAGCAAUAUCAUUAUAAUAAGAGUUUGUCCUAUAAUCCGGAUGAACAUAUAUAUUUCUAAUAUUACGUAUUUGUGGUUCCAAAAAACUUUCUUCUAUCAUCAAAUUUAAAUCUCCUAUGCGCACUUUGGUAGGCUGUUGUCUGAAAGGUAUAUAUAUACAUAUUGAUUGUAAGUUUUUUUUAAAGAUAGUAAUGGUUUUUCAUACCCCGUAAAAUUGACACAGUGAGCUGCAGUAAUAACAAAAGUUUCACUUAUCAAACUGCCACCACAUUUGUAAUCCACUUUUCCAUUUUUAGAACGAAAACCUAGAGCUGUCUGAAAAAAAAUAAAAUUAAGUUUUAAAAUAAUUUUAAGUAAUUAAAAAUUAUAAAUUAAUUUUUUUUGUGGAAAAUUUAUAUAAUUAUAAUUUAUUUAUUAUCUGAAAAGCUUUGUAAAAAUGUUUAUUAAUUCGAGAUUACGUUUUACAGGUACAGCCCGGUUAUUUUUAUUUUAAUAAAACUGUGAUGAUAACUAUAACAGUUUUAUUAAAAUAACAUUUUUCAUCAUUUGUGUUAUGAUUUUAUAAAAGCAAACUGAAUUUAGAGUCAAUAAACUUGUAAUAAAUUUAAUAUAAAA